CGCCAGCGCCCUGCCCGGCCGCCCGGCCUGGGGAUGCUGGCGGUGGGGCCGAUGGAUGGCAACCCCCGGCAGAGCGCCUUCCUGCUCAGCAGCCCGCCGCUGGCCGCCCUGCACACCAUGGCCGAGAUGAAGACGCCGCUCUAUUCCGCGGCCGCCGCCUACCCGCUGCCGCCCCCCGCCGCCGCCGCCCCCAGCGGACCUUCCUCCCUGUCCUCCUCCUCGGCGCCGUCGUCGUCGUCGUCUUCCUCCUCCUCUUCCUCUUCCUCGGCGUCCGCCUCGCCCUCCCCUCCGCUGGGCUCGCCGACGCCGACUGGCCUCAAGCCCCACGGCGCGGGGGCUCUGUCGGCGCUGGGCUCGCCCCCGCAGCAGCACUCGGCCGCCACGCCGCACGGCAUCAACGACAUCCUGAGCCGGCCGUCCAUGCCGCCCCUCGCCGCCGCCUCCUCCUCGUCCUCCGCCUCCCCGGCCGCCGGGCUCCUGGCGGGCCUGCCCCGCUUCAGCAGCCUCAGCCCGCCGCCGCCGCCGCCACCGGGCCUCUACUUCAGCCCCAGCGCCGCCGCCGCCGCCGUGGCCGCCGUGGGGAGGUACCCCAAGCCUCUGGCCGAGCUGCCCGGCAGGACGCCCAUCUUCUGGCCGGGGGUCAUGCAGAGCCCUCCCUGGAGGGACGCCCGCCUCGCCUGCUCGCCGCAUCAAGGCUCCAUUUUGCUGGAUAAAGACGGCAAAAGAAAACACACGAGGCCGACAUUUUCUGGCCAGCAGAUCUUUGCUUUGGAAAAGACUUUUGAACAAACCAAGUACUUAGCCGGGCCGGAGAGAGCGAGGCUCGCCUAUUCGCUGGGGAUGACCGAGAGUCAAGUCAAGGUCUGGUUUCAGAACCGGCGGACCAAGUGGCGGAAGAAGCACGCGGCCGAGAUGGCGACCGCCAAGAAGAAGCAGGACUCGGAGACGGAGCGGCUGAAGGGGGCCUCGGAGAACGAGGACGACGACGACGACUAUAACCGGCCCCUGGACCCCAACUCGGACGACGAGAAGAUCACGCAGCUGCUCAAGAAGCACAAGACGGGCGGACCCAGCGCCGGCCUGCUGCUCCACGCCUCCGAGAACGAGGGCUCCUCCUAG